UUUACAUGACUUGUGCCACAGAAUACUUAGGUUCUUCUUUUAUACAGAUGUCAUGGCACCCAAUUCCAAAACUUGGAAAGAUGAAAUCAUUUUACAAAUACAUUUUUGUUUCCCUAGGAAAUGGACACAAAAAACAAGACGUUGGUCAAUGAGAUUGUUCUCUUGGGGUUUCAGAAUCUCCACAACUUCAAGAUUCCCCUGUUCUCUCUGUUCCUUCUGAUUUACAUUAUGACAGUUUGGGAGAAUGUUCUCAUCAUAGUGUUGGUGUCCUCCAGCCGGAACCUCCAGUCCCCCAUGUACUUCUUUCUCCAGCAACUGUCUGUGUCUGAUCUACUGGAGUCCUCAAAUAUUGUCCCCACCCUGCUCCAAACUGUAACAAAUGAAGGCACCACAGUGUCCAUUAUUGACUGUCUGAUUCAGUUUUAUUUUUUUUCUGUGACAGAAGCUUUUGAGAUUUUCCUUCUAGCAGUAAUGUCCUAUGACAGAUAUGUGGCCAUCUGCAUCCCACUGCGUUACUCUUCUAUAAUGUCCCACAGGGUUUGUACUAAAUUAAUUCUCAUGUCAUGGGCUCUUGGCUUAGUAAUUGAAGGGUUUGCUAUAAAUCUAAUGGGGACACUACAGUUCUGUGACCAAAAUACUGUUGAUCAUUUCUUCUGUGAUUUCUUUCCUCUUGUAGAACUUUCCUGCUCAGACACUUUCUUACUGAAAAUUGUAGCAUUCUCAUUGUCAAUCCCUAUGCUUUUUAUACCAUUCAUACUGAUCAUUGUAUCAUAUAUUUGUAUUGGCCGUGCAAUCCUAAAGAUAGUGUCCAAUACUGGGAGACAAAAAGCCUUCUCCACCUGCAGCUCCCACUUGGCUGUGGUCUCCAUAUUUUAUGGGACUCUCAUUGCUAUUUAUGUGGUUCCCCCCAAACACGGAUCACAGAUCAUUAGCAAAAUUCUCUCUCUGUUAUACACUGUGCUGAUUCCUUUAGUUAAUCCAGUCAUUUAUGGUUUGAGAAGCAUACAAAUCAAAAAGGACCAUCUCGCCGCUCUACAAAUUGCUUCUGGUGAAGCUUUUGCCUCCAUUGCCCAGGAACUUGCCAGAGCUCUGGUGGAAUGGGCCUUCAACCCCCGGGGAACCUUCCUGCCAGCUGCAUUGUACGUCUUUGCAAUUGCUGCUACUAUCCAGGAACUUAACGUCUUCUUGGAUGGGGCCGUCCCCUUUCUGAAGCCCCCUGGGAUCACAAACAGAUGA